CAGUUUAAAACAGAAUACGCAAGAUAUAACAAAACGAAAGGCUCCCAGCCGAUAAAAUAUAAGUGAAUUUUUAAGCUAUCAAUCAAUCAAAUCUUAGUGCAAAUUAUUUUAUAAACUUCUAUUGCUUAAAAGAAAAAGUAAGGAAAAAUGGUACGACGUGGACGUUCUGCUAGCCCACCACCAGCAACCAGGAGGAGUGUGCCCACACACCAUGCGCCGGCACCGACACCAAAUGUGCCAGCACGUACUGCACCGGCUGCACCCCCAGCACCCGUGCAGGCAGCACCCAGCGCUGUAGGUGCACCUCAACAACCAUCAAUGUUUCAACAAAUGGCCGCUACCGCUGGCGGUGUAGCUGUUGGUUCCGCAGUGGGUCACACCAUUGGCGCGGGCAUUACUGGCUUAUUCAGCGGCUCUGGUGAUAAGGAGGCCGCUGCACCAGCAGCAGCACCGGCUGCUCCAGCUCAACAGCAAUACUACGGUAAUGCUGCUCAGCCCAACGAGCCACAAGGUGCAUGUGCUUGGGAAAUCAAACAGUUCCUGCAAUGCGCUCAAGGUCAAUCUGAUUUGACACUCUGCGAGGGAUUCAAUGAGGCGCUACGUCAAUGCAAGGUUCAACAUCACUUGCAAUAAAGAGUGUGCCGAUAUAUUUAUGUACAUGCAUAAUACAUUUUAAAAACAAAGCAAACAUUUAACUAUUUAAAUUUAUCUCAUUAAAUGAUAUAAUAUAAUAUUAAUUAUUGCGAUUUGAAUGUAAAACCAAACAGAUUUAUAUUUUAGAUGUUUAAAGUUCAAGGAGUGAGAAUACCUUUUUUUUUUUGCUAUUGAAAAAUCUUUCGAUUUUUUGUGAUAAAAGGGGAAGCGCAAUAGCGAGAAUUACCACUGAAAUGGCAAAUAAUAAUAAACAACAAAAACAAAGUUGUUAAAUAUUUCUCGAAAAAUCUACGCAAAAAAUAUGUGCCUGCGCCGAAAUGUGAGUGUGUGAAAGCGUUAAUUGGCAAGGAACCAAAAAAUAAUAAUCGGAUCAUGCCACUAGCGCAACAAAAACAAACUCUUUGCAACUCACGUGCAGCAGACAUACGCUGAGUAAUCAAAACAAAACAAUUGUUGUCAUUCGGUGUUGAGGCUAAAAUGCAAUAAUAGAGAAAGGAAAAAAACAAUAAUUACAACAAAUGAAAUGAAUAAUUCCGACUUGUUUUCCCUAAAUGUUCGUUGAAUGUUUUGAAUAUUAGUUUUAUUUUUAGUCACUAAGUUUAUUUCGUGUAAUUAUGAAAUUGCUAAAGGCUGAUGGUAAAGGCAGAUGGCAAAUUGAUGAAAUACAGUUUAGAAGUAACUAGUAGUAUUGUUGUUAAAUUUGUGCCAAAUAUUUAGCGUUUGAAAAAAUAAAUGAUUAUUAGGCACUUGUUUGAAAACGCGCUUAAAUUUCAAUAAAAAAAAUAGUUCGGCACCAUUAAAA